UUGUACCCAUGAACAAGACAGAGACAUUUAUAUCACACACACACUCUCCUCUCUUUUUAAUAUGUUCUCCAUUUCCUACUCCUCUUCUUAAUUUUCUUGGUAUUUUUUCCCCCAAAAUUCUAGAACAUUCAAUUUCCCACAUAUUUUCCCAAGAAAAAAACUGGGGUUUUCUCAUUUUACUAUAAUAUUUGUGGUUUUUGUUCCAUUUUUGUUGCAUUUAUUGUUAGUGUUGUGUACUAAAAUGGCAAGAAAUGGUGUAUUUUCACGGCGGCGUAAGGCGGAGAUGGUGGAGGAGUUGGGUGAGUUAAGGGAGAUUACUCAUGAGGUUCAUGUUCUUGCUGUUGAUGAUAGUCUUGUGGAUAGAAUUGUUAUUGAACGUCUCCUCAAAAUUACUUCUUGUAAAGUGACUACUGUGGAUAGUGGGAUGAGAGCAUUGAAGUAUCUUGGAUUGGACGGAGAAGAGAGUUCUGUUAGCAUUGAUGGUUUGAAGGUGGAUCUGAUAAUUACAGAUUAUUGUAUGCCUGGAAUGACUGGUUAUGAUUUGCUCAAAAAGAUUAAGGGCUCAUCUUUUAGGGAAAUUCCAGUUGUAAUCAUGUCUUCUGAAAAUGUUUUGGCUAGAAUUGACAGAUGUCUGGAAGAAGGCGCUGAAGAUUUCCUACUGAAGCCGGUGCAAUUGGCGGAUGUAAAACGUUUGAAGAGUUACAUGUUCAACGAGGAUCGAUUUAGAGGGGAAGAAAAAGGAAUGAACAAGAGAAAGUUGCCAGAAUCUUCGUCUGAUGAUUCAUCAACCCCAACUCUCUCACCUUCACCAUCUUUGUCGCCUUCACCAUCGCCCUCACCAUCACUUGACCUCUCAUCAACACCUUCACCACCAUCCACUUCCUCCCCGUCAUCCCCCAAAGUAUUUUUAUCCUCCCUUUGUACUGAUUCAUCUGUACAUUCCACCGAUUCUUCCAUGCCCUCUUCGCCAACAUCACCCGGUUCACCAUCAAGACGACUCAAAAUGAGCAGCCAAGAUUUGUGACGGUAUACAGUUUAUGUAUUUUACUUCCCUUUUUGCUACUUAUGGGGUCCUCGAACCCCCCUCCAUCAUCGCGGCACACAAUGUAGACAAACCAAUUGCCCCUUAGUACUAGCGAGGUUUUUUGUUGGCUUGUCACUUUUCGGACACAUGAUCGAUGAUAUCGUUUAAUCACACAAGGUUGACAAAUAUUUGUUCAAAUGGCUCAACAUUUUCUUGAAUUUAAUCUAUUUACCUAUUUUUACAUAAAUGUAUUUGGCAGUAGUAGUAUUAAUGUAUCCAAUUCAAUGA